AGGGUUGAAAAUGUAAACAUUUGAGAUACCUAAAAGCAUUUUUAUUUUACUAAUUUUUAUUCUUUCUCAAAUAGUUUAGUACAACAAGAGGUGAAUAAACCUCAUAUUUAUUAACUCAAGAUGCAAGAUAUCGCUAAGAUUAAUAAUGAGGUGAUAUUACUUCGAAAAUCCUUAAAAUCUAUAAUGAAUCAAACAAAACUAAAUUUAGCGAAAAAAAUAAAGAAGUUAAAGAACGCUAAAAACGUAAAUCAACAAUCUGUGGAGCGAAAGCAAAACGAACUUGAAUGUUUUAAACGACUAAAGGUGUCUGAUGUGAUUCUACGUAAUGGAUUGUUUAGUGAAAAAUUACAAAAGACAUUAACUGAUUCAGGCUCUACUGAAAAUGACCGAGUUCUUGCUAGAAAAAUAAACAAAGAUUCCUUUUUUGUUGAUUCAAAUGGAAAAAAUUAUGUUGCUUCAAUAAAUCCUGAUGAUUCUAUGAGUUCCGAAGAAGAGAAGCCUAAAAUAUUUCUUAGGCCAAAGAAUCGAAAAGUUUCUAUGGACAAAGCUAGAAACCAUCAACUCCAAUACAAAACAAAGCAAAAUCAACUCAAAACAAAGCAAGAAAAAUCAAAAAAAAUUAUUUCUACCAAUGUUAAUCAAUCUGCAUCAAUUAAAACUGAAGAAACGGAACCAAUUCAUCCUAGCUGGCAAGCAAAAGCUAAAAUGCGUGAAAAGUUGAAAAUUAAUGAAUUUCAAGGAAAGAAAAUAAAGUUUGAUGAAUAA